UCGAUUUAUCGAUUACAUAAUACUAAUUUAUACAUCUAAAUUUAUGUGCAACGAUGUACAACUUUUUUAUUACUCAGCUUAAACCAAUUUCAGACGUGGAAUAAGUAAAAUUCAACCUUAAAAGGAAGUUAGAAAAAUUAAUAGUGCAAGUUCUUUAAAUUUGUGUGUCAUCUUCGAGUAUCAGUGCAACAAUAAAUCCGAAAUAAGUGUCUAGCGAUUACAGCGAUUUAGAUGAUCCGCAAGAGUGACACGAUCCGCGUUAGCGCCGUAGAAGCCAUCCGAUUCGGCACAAAAAGACAGAGAAAGAGAGCCGGCGGAAUCCCGAAGGAAGAAACGAGAGAAGGAAGCAGUGGGGCGUUCCGAAAGCAGAAAUAGAAAAGCGGCAUGAGCCGAGGCGAGUCGCCGAGUGUUAGCCAAAGUGGUGUGUUCCUGCGUCGUUCAGACUCGGUUCGGCCUAGUAGUUUGCAUCGAAGUAUGCCGCGUGGUGUCUCCAUGAGGUCCUCCCUGAGAAGCCGAGACUCGUCCUCGACGUCAACCGGGAUCGAUCCUCGGGAACGCGUCAAGGAUUGCUGCCGAAAGCUGGUAGCUUUCAUGUGCACCCAGGUAGGCGUGGGUGGACUAGUGGUGGGCUACGCCAUUGUGGGAGCCUUCGGCUUCUCGAUAAUCGAGAAGGACCAGCCGUCGAUCGUGUGCGUGCGGGAGCAUGUGCGACAAGAUUACGUCGACGAGCUGUGGUUCAGCACCGCCAGCAACCAAUCGGUGAACGUGUUCGAUCAUGACAUCUUUUAUGAUGUAUCCAACAGCAUCUUGCUGCGCUACCAAGAGAACAUCACCAGCAGCGCGAAGAAGAAGCUGCAAUGCAACGGUCUCACGCCCGCCGAUCUCUGGACCUUCCCAGCGGCAUUGAUGUUCUGCCUGUCGGUGUUCACGAUGAUCGGUUAUGGCAGCUUGGUGCCGAAAACUCAAUGGGGCAAGGGCGCCACCGUGGUCUACGCGGUGCUGGGCAUCCCGCUGUACGUGCUCUACUUCCUCAACAUGGGCAAGGUACUCGCGCAGACUUUCCGAUGGCUGUACACGCGGUUGCACGAGUGCACGGGCCAGCGGAAACCCGGUCAGAGGAUCACCGUGCCUUCCACCGCAUGCCUGUGGGUGAUAUUCGGCUACAUUCUUGCUGGCUCGAUCAUGUUCGCCGAGUGGGAGGGCUGGGACUAUCUGGACAGCGCUUACUUUUGCGUCACCUCGCUCUGCAAGAUCGGUAUGGGUGAUCUGGUACCAGGCUGGAGCUCCGGUGACUCCUCGAAGAGCAGUCAGACGAAACUCAUCAUCAACUUUGUGUAUCUGCUGCUGGGUAUGGGCUUGAUCGCCAUGUGCUACAAUCUGAUGAAGGAGGACGUGUACGUGAAGGCGCGGGAACUCAAGGAACAGCUAAACCAGGCGAUGGAUGCGGCUCACUAUAAGAUAGUGACGUGUUGCAAGUCCGAGCCCAUGGAUUAACGGCUGACGAUGCUACUGUCGCCGUGGCUGUGAAUAACACCAAGAUGCAUUAUGCUAAGUCGGUCAUGGUGUCAACUUGUUAGUUCUUGAGAAGAGAAACUACAAUCAGCGUGAAAUGUUGAGAUAAGUUAUAUGAGAGUACCAUCACGUGCGUGUGUCGCAACCGUUGCAUAAGCGUACACGUUGUCGCAAGCAUGGAUUAAUUUUUAAGUUAAAACUAUUUUCCGUUAAUUAAAUGUAAUAGUAUUUAUGUGUUUAUAGUAUAUUUUCUAUUGUUAUGUAUGUUAUCGUGACAUGAUACUUGUCAGUCUCUAGUCAUCUGGUUUUAACUUUACACAGUUAUAAUUUUAUGCAUCGAAAUCUCUCUUAUUGUGUAAGAUUAAUUAUUAUCGUUGAUAAAAUUGCAAAAUUGUUAGAAUAUUGUUGUAUUUUAACAGAUUAAAGGAGUGAAGUAUUCGGACGUAUGAUUAAUAUUACGUCAGAGCUGUUUGCUCGCGAAGUUCGAAUCGUGAUUUGUAUCGAUAGCUGUUUGUAUCAAUAACGUUUUGUUAUCGCCGUAAAAUCUCCGCAUCACAUGUUUUUAUUUGUGAAUAAAUCCGUAUAUAAUGGG